GGGGAGCGUGCUGGCUUUGUCGACCUCUUGAAGGACAGAGCGGCGCAGAAGGAGCUAGAGAACGCGUUAUAGCAAGAUGCGAGCGCAGCUACUCUUCCUCAACGCCGCGCUCCUGCCGCGCAUCCGCUGUCACUGCCCAAAGAGCCGCUCCGCGGCCACCAAGAGAGCACUAAAGCUGAGGCUAGCAGCAGUCGACAUACCAACAACAGAAAUCGUUGAUGCCGCCGAACUUUUGAGACUAAGGGACAAGCAGUGCGGCUGCUGCCCGCCGACGGAGGACGACGAAUGUCGCGACGCCGUGAGGACGCUCGUCGCGGCGAGUCGAGAAGUCCGGCUAGGCAUCGCGGCCCCACAACAAAGCGACGCCGUCAAAGCCUUGAAGGAGUGGGUCCAGGCCUUGGAACUCACGAAGGGCUUGCUCCACGGCGCCGACGUCGACGGGAAGCCUUUGGAGAUAAUUGGUAAUGUUUUCAUAAAAUACGCCUCGGCCUGCGGUUCAGCAAACUUGAGAAAGGACACUGAUGACAGAACACCGCCGGGCGUGCUCUUCUAUCCUCUCGUUGGAGAGGAGGACGACGCCUCGAAACAAUAUCUCUUGCCAUUGGAAUUGUUUUCUCGACCGUCUCUACCUGGAAAAGAUUCAAGGGCAUUACGGGCCCACGCCGUCCGUGCUGGACCGGACGUCGCGAGGUUCGAGUUCGGCCGCGACGGCGCCUCGCCCGGGGCCUUGGCCGAACUGGACGCCGUGCUCGAAUCGUUUGAACUGGUGAAGCUAAAAACGGGCGCGGGAAAGAAGAAACUCGCGCGAGCAUUGGCGGAGAACGAGGUGGCGCCAUUUCUGGAUCGGCCCGGGCGGCCGUGCUACGUCGCGCAGGUCGUGGGGCACACCGCGUUAUUGUAUAGGCGGCGGGACGGCGCCGUCGUCGUGGAUCUGGAGGCGCUGCGGAGGGAUCCCGGCAUGGAUUUGUUGGCGUAAGUCUAUAAUGUGUGGU